CCGAGGUUUCUCUAGGUAUAAAUUCGCUCGCCAGGCAUCAGCCGUGCCUUCUCCUCCCCCCUCUGCUCCUUUCCCCGCCGCCGCCGCCGCCGCCGCCCCCUAGGAUUUGCGCAGCCGACCUCCGCCGUCCACCAUGCCGAAGCAGAUCCACGAGAUCAAGGACUUCCUGCUGACGGCGCGGCGGAAGGACGCGCGGUCGGUGCGGAUCAAGAGGACCAAGGACGCCGUCAAGUUCAAGGUGCGCUGCUCCAGGUACCUCUACACCCUCUGCGUCCACGACACCGACAAGGCCAACAAGCUCAAGCAGUCCCUCCCCCCAGGUUUGAAUGUCCAGGAGGUUUAAGAAGCAUCAAGCCAGAUCAUGCCUUUACCAGUAGCGGGAAUGUUGGAUUUAGCAACGUCUGUGCUCAGUAAACGAGUUCGCCAUGAGUAUGUUCUAGACUGAAAUGUAAUGUUUGGGACCUGUGAGGAUUCUAUGUUAUUUCACUUGCUGGAGAAUGGAGAUAUGUUACUCCCUUAUAUCCUAUAUAAAUUGAUUGGAUUGCACACUA